UUUUGGGGUGUUCAAAACCCUACUUUUCAGUCAUCCAUCCAUUAAAGCCAAAAAUAAAAUAAAAUAUACUCGAAUUUAAUUGGAAAAGCAUUACUCCCUCAAGUUCCGCCGUGUUUAUACAUCAAAAGAGGUGAAGAAAAUAAUAGAGAAUCAGAAAACCUAAACCGCCGAGGAAGCAAAAUACACAGCGGCGACAUGGUUCACGGUGGUUUAAACAAGCGGCGCGUGAGGGUUAACCCCGCAAGCCGUCGAUCCACCACCAAGAAAUUCAAACCUCCGGUGUCACUCAAAAACCAGAUUAGAUCCGCAGAACGCAUGCUCCGAAAGAAUUUACCGUUGGAAGUUAAAGCAGCACAGGAGCAGAAGCUGGAAUCACUGAAGAAACAGCAGGAGGUUCACACCCGUCUAGCUUUGGAACGGAAGCUAUUUUUGCGCGACAAGAAGAUUAAGUUCUUUGAGAGGAGGAAAAUUGAACGGAGAAUUAGACGCCUAGAGAAGCUUCAGCGUGCUUCGUCUUCUUCUUCCCCUGACCAGCUUGCAUCUCUUAAACAUGAUCUUCAAUAUGUUAUGUACUUUCCCAAGAAUGAGAAAUAUGUUCCUUUAUUUUGUGGAAGUGAUGAUCAAGAGAUAGUUGACAAGCGAAAUGGGCUGCGCAAACAGAUUGAAGAAAGGUUAUCUGCAGCUGCUGCAAGUGGCAAGGAUUUAGAAGAGACUGGCAGCGAGGAUGACGGGCUUUUAGAUCUCAGUGAUGAUGAUUUUUUCCUUGCUGGAAGUUCUAGUGAUGAAGCUGAUGCAGAUGAUGAAUUGACAGACAAAAGCACCAGAGAGCAGGCUUCAAGUGCUUCUGGAAAAGCUGUGUCUGGCAUGUCCAGCGAUGAAAAAAAUCAGAGACAGAUUUCUGCUAGAACUUUGAUGCCUCCUCCUCGCCCUUCAAACAAGAUGUCAAGGUUUGGAUCAUCUUCAGGCCAAAAUUCAUCUAAACAGAGAUCUGAGUUUUCUAAAUUCAACAACACAUCAAAUAACAAAAGCAGCUCAGACUUCAGAGUAAGGGGAAGGUUUGGAUCAUCUUCAGGUCAAACUUCAUCUAAACCGAGAUUUGAGAUUUCCACAUCCAGCAACACAUCAAACUACACAUCAAACAGAAAAAGCAGCUCAGACUUUAGAGUAAGGGAACCUUCAAGAUCAGGGACAAGUCAUGGAAGUAGUAUAAGCUCCAACUCUGAUGCUCACAAGCCCCGGAGAAAGAGAAGACCUAAGAAGAAGAAGCAGGCAUGAUGGCUUAACUGAGCAUUGCUAUGGGCAUUUGCAUUAGCUUCUUCACAUUCAUGAAUUUUACAGUUAUGUUUGACCUGUAUGGGUCAUGUUCUGCCCUGGACCUGCCUGGAGUCUCUCUUACGGGUCAUUGCUAUGAUCAUAUAUGUACUGACUUGUUAGGUUAGAUUGAGAAUUUGUUUUUGUAGAUUAAUAACUUUUGAAUGUGGUGUCUUCUGAUUUGACAGUUUGUUACUGUAAAUUAAAUUCCAAUUUGUUUACAGACGAAAAAUACUAUACUCUUGUGAAAUUUGAAUUAUAAUUGUAUCAGCGUA